UUUUACACAGAUAUAUAGAGAGGGAGAGACGAGAGAGGACUUGCGUCUGAGACUCACUCACUCUCCUUUUGCUUAUUUUGCUAAACACAGCAAUCUUAAAAAGUUUCAUCAAUGGCUGCGAUUCGCAGAGCGCAGUCUCUACUUAGUCUCACCAAAUUCAAAACCAAUUUCGUGUCUGCGUCUUAUCUAAGUCUCCGCCGAUUCUCUUCGUCGUCUCAGAAUUCAAAACAAUUCCAGAAUGUUGGUUUCAUAGGGCUUGGAAAUAUGGGUUCUAGGAUGGUGAAUAAUCUAGUUAAAGCUGGAUAUAACGUUACCGUUCAUGACAUAAAUCGUGAUGUUAUGAAGAUGUUUGCUCAAUUAGGAGUCUCUGCUAGAGACACUCCUUAUGAAGUUGCACAAGAUAGCCAAGUUGUGAUUACCAUGCUACCUUCAUCAUCUCACGUGAUGGAUGUGUACACAGGAAGAAAUGGGUUGCUUCGUGGAGAAAAUGCAAUAAGACCUGCUUUGUUUAUAGAUUCAUCUACUAUUGAUCCACAAACAACUCGAAAAAUCUCGUUUGCUGUUUCUAAUUGUAAUUUGAAAGAAAAGAGAGACAACUGGGAAAAGCCAGUCAUGUUGGAUGCUCCUGUCUCUGGAGGUGUACUUGCUGCAGAAGCUAGUACGCUCACUUUCAUGGUUGGAGGCCCCGAAGAUGCUUACUUAGCUGCUAGACCAAUUCUUCAGUCAAUGGGUAGAACUUCCAUCUACUGUGGUGGUUCAGGAAAUGGAUCUGCUGCAAAGAUUUGUAACAAUUUGGCGAUGGCUGUUAGUAUGCUCGGCACUUCAGAAGCCUUAGCUCUUGGUCAGUCUCUUGGAAUAUCUGCCAGCACUUUAACAGAAGUGUUAAACACAUCUAGUGGCCGAUGUUGGAGUAGCGACGCAUAUAAUCCAGUUCCAGGAGUGAUGAAAGGUGUGCCCUCUUCAAGAGAUUACAAUGGCGGUUUCGCAUCCAAACUUAUGGCUAAAGACCUAAACCUCGCAGCAGCAUCAGCUGAAGAAGUUGGACACAAAAGCCCAUUGAUAUCCAAAGCACAAGAGAUUUACAAGAAGAUGUGCGAGGAAGGGCAUGAAAGAAAGGACUUCUCUUGUGUCUUCCGACACUUUUACAAUGGCAAAGAUGAAGUCUGAGGCCAACUUUACAAUGACCCUGUAAAAAUAAUCAGUUUCUUCGUGAACAUCUUUAGUUUGGACAUUACUCUUAGUGCAGAAUAAAGCAUGAAAGCACUCUAUAGAGGAUUAAACAAAGUUAAUGCAAAGUCAAAAGUCACCGUUGGUAAUUACAUCUUUUGUUUGUUAACAGCGUUACUCGCUAAACCGAUCCACAAAUAUAUCAGUUUCCUUAUAUGUAUUCGUAAUCUAUUUGAUAUACAA